AUGGCCUCCGCAGUGCUCCUCUUUGGCCUUGUUCUGGCAGUUGUGGGCGAUGUGCGGAACACUUCGUGUGGUGACCGGACAGCGUUGCUUCAAAAGAGGGUCCGAGGAAAGCCUCCGCAUCUUCAAAGCGUCGAGCAUGAAGAGCAAGAGGAGCAACAAACGGAGGAUUUCAUCCAAAUGGCCUUCCGAAAGCUCCACCUUUUGGAAAGCGAAGCGCCGGAGAGCUCUGAGGCCAAGGCAAACGGACGGAGCCAGCCUCGAAAUGAGGAGUUGUUCGAGACUUGCCUGGUGCCCCGCACAUUGGCGCAGACAACACGGGCAGAUUCGAGGCAGAUGUCCCAGUUGGAAGCGACCUGCCUUUCCGGCUUCCCAAUCUUCGACUUAAGCACGGAAAAGUACGUGUGUUGCCCCGAAGCCGCCCUGUACUGCGCAGGAUGCUUCCAGCUCGAUGGCAGCAGCUGUGCUCAGUGUUCUCCCGGAUUUGUGGAAGUUGCCGGCGAAGGGCGUUGCGAGGCCUGCGUGGACACUCCAGGCUGGACGAAUUUGGACGGCGAGAACUGCAUCCAAGCUGUCUGUAGUGACACCGCGUACUAUGGUCUCUCUUCCAAACAAGCUUGCUGCGGGUGCGGUGGUGGACAGCGGGCCGCCACGCCCUUCACCUACUAUGUGGCGCCGACGGUACUCUAUGCAACCUCGAUCACUGGUUUCCCAGUUCCGCGGACCGCCAGCAACUACACCAUCAAUGAGGACUGCAAGCUCUUGGAGCACGGCCUGGCCAUCGAUGGUGCCACGGGCAGUUUGCAGAUCGCUCCAGCGAUUGGACAAGUGGGCGGCAGCCUCCUCGAGGCUUUCAGCAUUUCUUGCACCAUCAUUGCCCAUCAAACCAGCACCCUCUCGGCCUUCGCGACACUGACGGUCAUGGCCGAGAAGCGCAUCUCAUACGGGCAGUAUCCGUUGGUCUUCCUGAGUGCUGCCACCGAAGCAACGCCAGCCGUCAGCAGUUCAUGGGUCUUUGACCAACUGAGCUGCGACCCGGCCGAACUGACGUCGAGGCUUACCUUGGACCAGGACGGAAAGCUCGGGUGGGAUUCGAAAGCUGGUGCCGGUGGCGGUAUCACUUGGAACUCGGGCUUUGGCUCAAUCGAUUCGAUGGGGUGCAUAUGUCUGGCCAAUGCCAGCCUAGCUUCAGCGCCCUCCGUGAAGGCAGAUGCAUACUUCGUUGCUGUCAACCCCAGACCAUGGGGUGGCAUGGUCUACGAGCGAGGAUCGAAUCAGAGCAGUCCUCUCAAGGCGACAGUCGGGCAGGUGGCACCCACGUUGCGGCCCAUCGAUACGAGCCGCAGUACUUUGUUCUUGCUCCCCCCCACUGCCUUCACGGGUAAGUGCUCAAGCGAUGAUGGGGGUCACGUGGCCUUGGACAUCGUCACCGGCCAGGGAACGUAUGAGGGGUUUGCUUUCUUCGAGUUGGACCUGACGACAGGGUAUGUGCGUCUCGCUCCUUCGGCGGAGCUUGCAGGCGUGAUGCCUGUUGAUGCGGGCACCCGAUCCACGUUAAGCAUCUCUUGCAAAAUCUUUGGGCUCUACCAGUACCUGCCCUUUGGUGUCGGCUCUGUUAUCAAAGAAGAGCUCUUCCUCAACGCCCAAGACGACACCUGCUUCGUGCCUGUUGCGACCCCGUCCCAUUUCCAAGAGGUUACUGAGACCUCUUCCUCGGCUGCCGAGUGCCGCCAAGCCUGCCGGAGAGACAUCGCUUGCACGUAUUACUCCCAUCAGAGCACGAGUUGUUUUCGCUACAUGGGCCUUUGCGACUCAAGCUCCAGCCCGAGCUGCCGCCCUGUGCGCGGGCAGCUCUUUGCCCAUGUCCCGGAUUGUGCUGAGCGGAAAACAUGCAUCGAGCUGAGCUUGUCGAAGCGCUUCUUCGCUGGACGCUACUGCUACUACGGCGAGAACAACUAUGAAGGUGGCCUGGUCUUCCUGAAGGAAGGUUUGGGGAACUCGGAGUCUUUUUGGCUACACCGCAAGAGUCGUGACUUCGAUGUGUGGGUUCUGCAGAAGCCUGCCCAAGGCGACUUCUACAAUGCCUCUGCUGCGUACAUGACCUUCUCUGGCGAGGAGAUGGCUACGAUCGACUCAGGCAUAGACCUGAUCGCAGAUGUUUUCAGCCAGGGGACCGCUACCUUUCCGAUAACGUACAGUGCUGGUGGGUCGGACACCUUGACAGCUGCAGUGGAGCUGCUGCGCUGCGAUGCACCCAAUCUGACCCAGAGCGAGGCUGAUGACCGGGCUGAGACAGCCGACGGCGCAGUGGCGGUGAUGGUGGACGACCCUCUGACGGAGAUCCCCUUCGACUACUGGCUGCAUCCCUGCCAUUGUGCCCCACACCUCUGGGGCCAGAACGAUCCCGUGACAGCCGAAGCCUUCGGAGAGAUCCCGGCAGGGAGCCGUAACGUCUUCCGGCCAAGACCCUUCCCGAUCCUGACAGGCCAGUUCGCCUGUGGUGUCAAGGCAGAGGACCUCUUGCAAGUCAUCGUGGAGUCCGACGUGCAGGCCGCAGACCUCGAAGAAUGCCAAGCGGAGUGUGCCAAGAAGUCUGAGUGCCGGUACUUCUUUGCUGGCGAAGUGCUGUCGGCCAAGCAAUGCAGGCUCUACAGCGGUUGUGAGUUCCUCUACCGGGAGCUGGGGCUCUCCGGCACCCUUUACUCGUAUCCGAAGGACACGGAGGUCUGUGCCAUCGCAAACCCAGAUGCUUGCUGGCACAUCACCCGGCGACGCCAGAACCUCGGGGCGUUCUACUCCAGUGCCGAGCUCUAUUUGCCAGACUGCUUAGACCAGGCCCUUCAAUGCUCUUCACUACGGCACGUAAAUAUUAAGAUGGUUUUGUUGCUGCUCGUCGCCUCGGAAAACCAUGGUGUCAGUACGGUGUUUCAUGGCGUUUCUAAUGCUCAGGCCCUUUUCGAACAGUGCGACGAGGCGUUGUUCGUGGGGGGUGUCGGCGUUGAGGUGUGCGAGCCCUGCAAGUUUGCCGUGGUGCCAGCUGAAGGCACUACGCAAAGGCAGGCACUGAGCAAGUCCCUGUUUCGGAGCAGCUACGCCCAUGGCACGCUGCUCAAGGCAACUUGUUGGUCCGAGCGCUACAGCUCACUUCCCAGAACCAACUUCGAGCAGAUCUGUGCUAAUGGCAAAUGGCUCGACCGAGAUGGGGCGGACGGCUUGAGCCGAUUCUCAUGCAUCGCCCUUGUCCAGGUCGUCAGCAGCUACUACCAGGAUCUCGACUCGCGCAACUGGCAGGAGCUCUAUUUCUUCGAGGGCUUCAAGGUCCACAUCGCCUUGGCUCGUGCGGGAUUCGCAGGUGCAGGAGAGCAGGUUCUGGGCGAUUUCUACGUGAAGCAAACGCCAACAGGCGCGCCACAGGAGCGACAGUUCGUUUCGGCGACAGACGAGAGUCACUGCCUGAGCACGGCAAGUGGCAGCUUAGAUCUUGCUCCUUGUGACGGCUCCUCAGAGCAGCUGCUUGACGGGAACACAGUGGCCAGCCUCUUCUCCGAGUCUUACAACACCAACCAAAAGCGCAAGGUAGAGGGGCCACCAGACGCCACUGCAGCGACCCUUUUCGACGUCCUUGCGAACCUCGACUGCAAUGCCGGCUCCUUUGGCAGCACCCUGAACAGGAUCGAGUUCACAAGGACACAGAUUAUUGGCAGCUGCACCGGCGCCACCACCGGGCAAAGACGGCAGCCAGUGGGAAUCGAGUUGAGUUUUCAGGUCGUGAACAGCCGCUGGCAGAAGUGCAUUGCAGCAGUGCCUUGCCAGCCGGGAUCUCAAGACCUUCCGGACUGCAUCGCCAACGAGUUACAGGACUGUGAUGGAAGGGAGGACCAGGCAUUCAAGAUCAGACAGGGCCAAUUCGUCCUUUUCUCAUCCUUCCUAAAUCGUGGCAGAUCCAUGAAAUACGCCAACCUUGUAGCCGAGAACGCUUGCUGCUCCUGGCGGCUGCCGGAUGACGGAACCUAUGACGGCUGGUUGGGCGUCUACUCCGCUAAUACUGAUGGUGUCAAGGUAGCAGUCCUUUCCUCUGAGGAAGGGAAUGGAAUCAGCAGCACUGAUUACAGCUUCUCGCAACAACCUUUUGACCUCAGAGGGCCGAGCAGUCUCGAGGAGACCUGGUACAUGUCCAGCACACUUCAGGGCAACGACAUCAAUUGCGUUUGUGAUGCAGGAACGCUGAUGCAGGUCUUCAACAAGAGCCGCUUGUUGGUCGCCUUUGUGUGCGUGGAAGUGCCCAACCUGGGUGCCUGUACCGAGGAGACGUCGGUGCAACAGACGAUCGACGGAAGUACCUCCCAAAUCGACGUGGACUGUGGCAAGGACCGUGGUCUUCAAGCCAUUCAGGCUGAGAUUGACUCCAAAAGCAGGUGGACAAACUUCCGUUUCCGAUGUUGCCAGAUCACCGCUAACCCCGUGCGCAUGACCAAGUUCGGGUCCGGCCGCGUGCCUCCCGACCCAGCAGAGCAAGGGAUCUACGAUGCGGUUGUCCGCGAUGCUUUUGGCCGACCUGAAUUCAGCGGGACGGACUGGAGCGGGCAGCCUGCAGGCUUCCUGUCUCAUAAUGCAGACACCGGGCAGUGGUGCGUAUCUGGUUCCGCAACGCCGGAAUGCGUCUCCAGCGAUCUUGUAAAUCCACUGGACCAGCAGCUGGGCGGGGCGAGCUGGCAGGUCGUCCCAGUGAGUGACUUCGAUGCCAAGUUCGAGGCCUUCGGAGCCAAGCUGCCGAAGCGUCUCCAGUCAAAGCGAAAAGUGCCACCUCAGCUGACCUUCGCUGCCGAGGAUCCGGCCUACGCGCCCGAGUGCAAGGAGGAGUCCGACCCAGGCUCUGAGAAGUUUGAUCAGACGAUCAUGAACGAGGUGGCGGAAGGGCUCAAAGACACGGACAACCCGUGUGGCCUAGUUUUCAGCACUCCAAAAACCAAAAAGAAGAAAACUGGCCUCCCGCCGGACAGCUUCUUUGGCAUUCCUGACAUCGAUGGCUUUGGAGAUGUCUUCGGGUCCGACAUAGACAAUGAAGGCGAAGGGAUGUCGUACUACGCGUGGAACCUUGAUGAUGUGGACCAGCCCGGGGCGUCUGGCCUCACACCGAAAACAGUCAACGAGUGUGCCAGUCGGGAGAUCAAGCGGGACUUCGAGCUGGCGCAGUGGGAAAGGGAGUACGAGAUGUGGGAGCAGAGACUCGAGAAGUUGGAGAAGACCGAGGCCGCGUUGGCAGCGCUUCCCGAGGUCCAGGUCGGUAUUUUUGGCGUGGGAAUCACCAUCAAGACGGGCAAGAUCGCCUCGAACGCGGUCAAGGCGUUCCGCCGCGUGUCCACGCUGAACAAUGAGAUGAGGCUGUGGGCGAGAGACAGCCGAUUCGCCACGGCUGACAACGAGGAUUGUAACUCCUUACAGCAUGGCCUGGCGCGGAUCUUUUGUGACCUCCACUGUGUUCGGGAUGCCGUGAAGAAAGGCGACGCGGCGAUCCUCACGAGCCUGGAGGAGGGUGUUUCGGUUCUUCAGCGGGAGAUGCGCAACCUCUUCCAGGCAUUCGUCCCGGACAGCUCUCAGUCUGCCAGCCUUUUGGCAGCCUCGCAGCACCAAGACUUCCAGCAGAUGCGCGCCGGGCUGGCCACGGACGUUCGGGAGAUGCGGCAACUGCUCCAGCGGAACUUGCACCCCACUGCACAGAUCGCCUCUCAGCGAGCUCUCCGGGCCUUCCAAUCUGCUGUCCAGGGAUGGGGUGGCAAUAUGACCUCGAGUGCAUCUAUGCUUGUCGAGGAGACGGCCAGACUAAAAGCAACGCUGCAGGCCUCCGCCCGCAUUCAAACUUCCGGCGCAGUGGCCGCAGAACGAAAGACGGCGGCCUUCGUGGCGACCAUGAACGAGGUCUUGCGUGCAAAGACCCGCACCCUGGGAAUCUACCAUGCGGGUGCCUCGAAGAGAAGGCAGCGGCAGUCGACGCUUUAUAAGGGCCUGCAGGACGAGUUGCGAGAACUGUCUUUCAAGGCAACGCUACGAGCGAUGGACGCAUCGUGGUGGGAUUUGCGUAGACAGCUUGACCGGUACCUGGACUCCUACGAUGCAUAUCUCAGGUCUUUCCAGCAUGCCGUUGGCCUCUUGGACGUGUACACCCGAUGCGGCGCCAACUUCGCACAGCUGAAGGCCGCCUACACCUCCAGCAGCCGCGCCCACGCCGCCGAGCAACGCACCCUGCGCGAAGUCUGGGCCGCGGCUGCUGCGGCCAUCGGACACAUGGCCGCCCAGGUCGUGGACACGGGAAUGCUGCAGGAGCUCGCAGCCCACGAUGCAGCGGCGGCUCCGCAGGGGGAGCCCGCCCAGUUGUGCAGGAACGCGACCUCCUUCGUGGAGGCAGCCGCUGCGGCGGUGCGCAAGGGCUUCUUUGGGCAGACCGUGCGCCAGCUGGACACGCUCUUGACGGAGAUGGCGCUGCUCCGGCAGAGGUUCGAGGCACCCCCGGGCCAAGAGCUCUUCGACUCCGUCGACCGGCUGUCAGCCGCGGCCGAGGCGGUGUCCGCAGAGGGCACGGCCAGAGAGUCAUGGGUGCGAUGGAGACGCAUGAACUGUGUUUCGCAGAGCCUGGCACGAGGCAAGACAGCCAACAAAAUAAUCCAAUUUCAGCGCUUGGAGAGCUCAGACUCCUACGAUUCAACCGAUGGCUCUACCAGUACAUUGCCUCCAUGGGUGGGGAAUCUCGAGCAGCAACACGAGGAAGUCAUGGAGAAUCAAAGCUUUCUCGAGAAGCAACAGCAGCAGGUCUUGGAGUCGCAAGCGGUGCAAAAUCAGAGCAUCCAGAAAAACUCUGCAGGCGUGCAGCAGCUCUUUGCGAGUAUCGUUCCCGGCCCUUUGGGGCCCCCGAUCGCGACGCCCCCGCCUGGGCCGUGCGAGCCGGGAGUGGAGCUAACAGAACCAGUGUGCCAGGAGUCGCACGCCCCCUGCACCCUCACAAUCAGCAACAGCAGAUCUCGGGCGGCCUCGCAGACAACAAUCUUUCCAGGCUGCAACUUCUUCGACAACGAGUCCCAGGAGCUCUUCAAAUACUGCAACGAUGCCAGUGGCUAUCGAGUGGUGACGGCCUCGACCUGCAGCGAAGAGCCCAGCUUCGAUGCUAUGUUAUCGGCUUUCCUGUCCUACAGCGGCACCUGCCAGCUUGUGGGCUGCGUGAACGACAACGGUGGCAGAUGCAAGAUUCCAUGGAAUGGCACGGGCAGCGACACGCGGGCAACCGUCACCUUCACGGUGGCGCCAUCGGCAUGCGUCUACAUUGUGCAGCAGCCCGCCUCCACCUCGAAUCGUUUCGGCAACAAGACGGAGCGACUCAUCAUAACGUCUGAGAUGGUGCUCAUACCAACAACGACGACGGUGACUGAUGCAAGUACAAGCACGCUCACGACCAUCAGUGCUUCCACGGUGACCAGCACUCCUGAUGUGACGACAAGCUUCGUGCCAGCCUCUACGACUACGAUUGUGCCCGAGACUACGACCACGACCACACCCUGGAAGUCUAAGUGCCCAUGUGCAGAUUGGUGCAUAUGGGUGCCGCCUUAUUCUAUGAAGUGGGUACCAUUGUGUACUGGCUGUCCUCGGUGUUGGGGCUGCCCACCUUGGUGCAGAGUCCUGCCAGAACGGCCGUCAGUAAAUCAGGCCUUUUUCCGGUGGGGUCGCUUGUGGUUGCCAUACUAG